AUGGUCGAGAAUCCUGUAAGUUUUACAAUUUUAAACUAAUAUUAUCUUCAACCGUGGCCAGUGGCCUACUUUACCAUUUUGUUUUUGAACUGCUCUAUUAUGACCUUUUUAUUACCUAAAUGUCGAAAAUUUCAUAAAAUUCAAAAUUACUUUUUAGAAAUCAGUGAAAGGCUAUGAACAUGUCCAAGGCGUUAGUUUUACCGAUCGUCGUGGUAAUGUAAGUUGUUUUACUACCUGUAUAGGCAAUUUACGUCAUUUGUUACUUCUCUGCCUAUAUUAUCUUCGGCCGUUUAUGAAAAACAUUAAACAUUGCUAACUUUAGCCUUAUAGCCAGAUUACAUUAAAUGAGUUGCUUUUAGAACAUCCCUGGUAUCCGGUGUAUUGAAUGUGGUGAGAUAAUUCGACGUAACAUGUCCGGACUUCAUCGUCUGAAGCAUCUUCCACGAAACACUCUGCCAAAACGUGCCAAAAAUAGUAAGUUUAUACCUUACUUAUCCAGUAUAAGGCCUCAUUCUAUAGUAAAAUUGUAUUUUAACUUUCAAAAAUACAAUUUUAGCUAAUAAUAAACCUUUUAUAGUCAUUGUCGUUGUCAUAGACUUACGCAGCUAAAAUUUGUUAUAAUUAUGUUUCAGGUCAACCCAAGCGGCCUGUCCUUCAUAAACACAUCAAAUUUCAACAGAGUGUUAAGCGUGUUCGUUUUGAUCCCACCUUUUGGACCAUUCAUCGAAGUCGUGGCCGUACCCUCGCCUGGUUACAUCAACCACACGGUUAUUAUGGAGAACAUCGGCCUAUGAACAGUGAUCAUCAAGAACAACAUCAGAUUGUGGAUGACAAUCAAAACCAGAUGUUGAAUAGAAAUCCGCGUCAAAUUAUAAUAGGUAAUGAUGAGAAUCAUCCGUUAAUGCACCAUAACGAAGAGCAGUAUAUUAUCGAUGUAGAGAAUGCUCUUGGUCAUGCCCAGAAUCCUCAAAAUCUACGUCAUGAACUCCAGAAUCCACCAAAUCUUCCGCCUCAGAAACCUGAAUUUGAUUGGCAUUUAAACAAUCGACCGAACCAAAUUGUAGAUCAUGAGCAACAUAAAGAUCCAAUUUUUCAACGCCGUUUCCUUCAUUUUGGUGAUGUUCCACGAAUUGUCCAGCAAUUUGGGGAUGUUCAACGUGAACUGGUUGGAAAUAAUGAUGUUGAUGUUGAAGAUAACGUCAAUAUUAAUCCUGGAGGAGACGAUAGACGGGUUGAAAUUAGUGGAGAUCAUGGUAUUUUAAAUGAUGUCAGAAGCAUCGAACGUGCCAAUCGUGGUGAAGAUGACGAACGUGCCAAUCACGGUGAAUAUAAUAGACGUGCUGAUCAAGGUUUGGAUCCUCUUGAUGUGCAACGCGACGGCGGUGAUGUUAUGGUUCGUAGUGGUGAUGAUAACAGUAAUAUUCAACGUGAUAUCAACAAUAAUACCCACCGAGACAUUAACAAUAAUAUUCUCCAUGAUGAAAGCCUUGAAAUCGGUGGUCAUAAUGGUGAUCAUAGUAAUGUUCAGCAUGGUCAAGGUCGUUUCAAUGCUCAUUCUAAUGAUAAUCAUGGUGAAAUUCGUCAAAAUGGACAGAAUGUUAACAUUGUUCAUCAAAAUGGUGAUCAAAUUAAUGUUGUUCAUCAUAAUGUCAGCCAAGCGGAUAUUAUCCAAAACAAUCCAAAUUUUGGUGAAAAUGAUCCAAAUGAAGCUUUCAAUGCUCAAAUUCAAAACUCAGAAGCCAAUGCUGUAGUCCACGACGACAACGCACCAUUCCAAAUGAUUGAUAUCAGCGAAUUCCUUACUCCUGUCAAUGUUAACCGUAAUAUCGACUUACGCAAUAGAACUCCAAACCCGAAUCAUGAACAACGUCAGGAUGAACAAGUCCAUGAACUUCAAGAAUGGUUCACACCUGUCCGCAAUCAAAAUCGUCGCAUUUUGAGACCAGUCGGUAAUAACAUCGUUGAUAGACUUGAGGUAUGAUUAACUUCAAAUUUGAAAAAGUAAAAUACACCUUUACAAAGCAUUGCCUAAACCAUCGCAUUUUCACCCUCUUUCAAUCUAAAAACUCAUUUUAACCAUCAGUUUCCAUACCUAAAAUUUAAAAAAACAAAAACUAACAAACCUAUUUUCAGGCAAGUCCAUUUGUCAUGUUUGAUAGACCAACCACACCUCGCACCAAUCCAACUACCAAUGGCCGCAAUCCAACUAUCAAUAGCCGUAAUCCAACCAUCAACGGCUCCGGCUCCCCAGUCGGCUCCGGCAACCAUAACCAACACGAAACUCCACGUCGUCAAAUCACUUCGAUCGGCCCAGAAGGUGACAGUGGCUUACACAUUCCUCAACGCAACUUCCAUUUUUGGAAUAUUAACGACGAAAACUUGGAGCCGAUUGUAGUCUAG